AUGGGGACAAGUAUUGCUGCACCUCGUGGACCACCUCAAGAAUAUGCAGUAACUGAUGCUGUCCUCGAGGACGUGAUUGAAGUGGAGGGUGACGACUUCGUGGACGAGUUCCUGCUAGAGGAGAUGGUUUGCCAAUUUCUUCCUUAUAAUACAACAGUUAAAGAUAAUGAGGAGACCGAAAAUUCAUGCCAGACGAAGGAUGGUCGACGAGGGAAAUGCGAAGGAAGACGCACAGAUCAGUUGGCUCCCAAAGUGCAGCGAAUUGAACAAAGAAAAGAGAGGGGCGGGGAGGCUGGAGGAGAAGAAGGGGGAAGGUGCGAAUGGGGUGAUGGAAACACUGAACAGCCAGUUGCAGAAGUUGAGCGUUGCUGA